AUGGCCGCGUCUCAGGCUUUUCAUAGUCGGACGGGGUCUCUCGUCACGCUCAGCAACGGUAAUCGCACAGCGCAGAGAAAUCACCCGACACAAGAAUUCAACAACGGUAUCGUCAUCAGCAAAGACCCACUUCGUGAUAAUGAAAUAUUCGAAGUAAUUAUUGACAAAAAGGUGAACUCAUGGAGUGGCUCAAUAGAAAUCGGCGUGUCAACACAAGAUCCAGCUCAUCUGGAUUUCCCAACCAGUGCUACCAGUCUACGGGAAGGAGCCUGGAUCAUGUCCGGAUGUUCCAUUCUGCGCGAUGGGCGAUCCGUAAUGGACGAGUAUGGUCGUGAUUUAGACCAACUGAAUCAGGGUGAUCGUGUUGGAGUACAAAGGACAUUAAACGGUGAAUUACACAUUUACAUUAAAGGUGUAGACCAAGGCUGUGCGGCAAAAGGUUUACCGGCGUCUGUGUAUGCUGUUGUUGAUAUGUACGGAAAGUGUAUUCAAGUCUCUAUUGUAAACCAUGACCGAAGAUCAGUGGUAUUACCUGUGAAUGGACUUGAAGAAGAUAUUUUGGCCAGAAUACCAAGUACAUUUCAGCGGAGUGCAUCAAAUGAAGUGUUAAGAUUUCAUGAACGUUGUGGUAGUCUUAUUAAAUUGAGUAACAAUAACCGAACGGCUGAACGAAGACGCCCGCUAGAAGAGUUUAACAAUGGUGUUGUCAUGACUAAUAGACCCCUCCGGGAUAAUGAAUUGUUCGAGAUUCGAAUUGAUAGAUUAGUAGAUAAAUGGUCUGGAUCAAUAGAAAUGGGAAUCACAACACAUAAUCCUGGUUUGCUGGAUUUCCCGGCGACCAUGACCAACAUGAGGACUGGUACAAUUAUGAUGAGUGGAUGUGGGAUUCUGACCAAUGGGAAGGGAACGAGAAGAGAGUACGGUGAAUUCAACUUGGAUGAAUUGACGGAAGGAGAUUACGUUGGUCUUGUCAGGAAAGCCAACGGCACGUUACACUACUACAUUAACGGUCUAGACCAAGGCGUGGCGUCGUCACGAACACCACAGACUGUAUAUGGUGUGGUUGAUUUGUACGGGAUGACAGUAAAAGUUACAAUUACAGAUAGAGACACACUUUCACCGAUCUAUGAAAGACUUGAGAGGAGAUCAUUUUUUGGUUUGAAUUCUGGGAAUUCUGAGUACAAUGAAGAUGCUAAUGGAGAGCAAAAUGAGAGAAUUUUAUUUCAUAGUAACUGUGGUGCACACGCUAUGGUUAUCAACAAUGGGAAAACAGCACUCCGACCACAUGCAAUGGAUGAUUUCAACAAUGGUGUCAUACUUACCAAUAGACCAUUGAGAAAUAAUGAAGUAUUUGAAGUGCGUCUGGAUGAAAUUGUUGACAAAUGGGCGGGGUCUAUCGAAAUCGGUGUUACUACACACUCACCGAGGGAAAUAGAGUUUCCGUCUACAAUGACAAACAUACGUAGUGGUACCUGGAUGAUGACAGGUAAUGGUAUAAUGCAUAAUGGUACAACAGUCAUAGAUGAAUAUGGACAAAACUUGGAUAGACUUGGUGUUGGAGAUUGUGUUGGGGUAAUGAGAAAAGAGAAUGGCACGUUACAUUUCUACGUCAAUGGUAUUGAUCAAGGAACUGCGGCUUACAACAUACCCGAUGUACUCUAUGCAGUCAUAGAUCUUUAUGGACAAGCUGCUGAAGCAUCUAUUAUUGAUUCUAGCGAUCCUGUACAACAAAUGGACAACAAUCCCAAUUCUGUUCGAAGCAUGAGGAGAACCAGUAACAUUACAUUGACCCAAGAUGAACAGACGAACGAUUUACGCUUCCAUCACUUACACGGUGCUAAUGCUAUGAUAACGAACAAUGGCCUGACUGCGUGUCGGCCAAAUGCUACGGGGGAAUUCAAUGAUGCCAUUGUGAUGAGCAACAGAACACUACGCACAGGGGAACUGUUUGAAGUAGUCAUUGAAAAAAUGGUGGAUAGAUGGUCAGGGUCAAUUGAAGCAGGUGUAACAGCGAUUCAUCCAACAGACUUAGAUUUCCCGAGUACAAUGACAGACAUUGAUUACAACACAUGGAUGCUAAGUGGCUCAGCUGUGAUGCAAGAUGGCACUACUGUAAAGAAUGGAUACUUACUGGAUUUGGACACCAUUAGUGUAAAUUCCCGUAUCGGUAUGAUGAGAGCACUGGAUGGAUCAUUACACUACUUUGUGGAUGGUGUAGACAUGGGAGUAGCUUGUACGGAUAUCGCAGAAAAUGUGUAUGCUGUUAUUGAUCUGUACGGACAAUGUUCCCAAGCAACUAUUGUCCAGUCAACAAUUAGAGACAAUCACACUCUCUCCAACAGUAGCAAUGCACUGUUAAUAGAACAUCCAAUACCAAGUGUUCAUCGGGUGAGAAUUCUCCACAAGUUCCAUCAGUAUUGUGGUAAAAAUAUUUCCAUUCGUAGCAGCGGAUGCUCAGCAUAUAGAAUACGUAGUUUUAAUCAUGGUAUUAUAUUCAGCUCAAGACCAUUGAAAACAGGAGAAUUAUUUGAGGUUAAAGUUGAACAAGUAAGUAAGAGAUGGUCUGGGUCACUACAGAUUGGCCUCACAACAUUUGUACCAUCAGAAGCACUUCCAGUGAACAGUCUACCUCCAGCAGCCAGUGAACUGAGGACCAAUAGGAAUACAUGGCUCAUGCAAGGAUCUGAAGUACUAGAAAAUGGUGUCUCAUUGAAAGAGAAUUAUGCAACUACCUUGGAUAGGCUGGAGAUCGGUAAUACUGUUGGUGUCAAACGUUGCUCUGAUGACACCAUGCAUGUUGUUAUCAAUGGUGAAGAUAAAGGUAUUGCAGCUUCUAACAUACCAAAGGGUUCCUAUGCUAUAAUAGAUCUAUACGGUACAACAGAAGGUGUUACGAUCACAAGCUCAGCGGUUGAAUAUCCAGAUUCAUCAAGAGCACCCUCAAUAGCUUCCGAUUUAUCAGACGAAAUAGAGGAAAUAAAUGGUCACAUGGAGAGUGUACAGGAACCUGUAUGUAUAGAAUUUCAAGAGAACCAUGGCAAGAAUAUUCAAUUAUGCAAUGGUAACCUAACAGCAUGUCGUACUGCUAGUUAUAACCAAGGUGUGGUUGUUAGCAGUAAACCUCUACCAAUAAUGCAACGAUUUCAGAUCAGAAUUGAUCGUUUGAACUCCAGGUGGACAUCAUCACUACAGAUUGGAGUUCUUGGCUUCUCACCAGAGAAACUCAAUUUUCCACCCACUGCCAGUACUAUAAAGCGAUGUUGUUGGGUUGUCCAGAGUGACUCAGUCUUCCACAAUGGUGUCAAGGUGAAAGAGAAGUUUGGUCCAAAUUUAGAUACUUUACAGAUAGGUCAUAAAGUUGGUAUUAUGCUGGACAAUGACCACUCAUUACAUUAUUAUGUGAAUGACGUUGAUCAGGGUAUGGCUGCCAAAAAUAUCCCUUUUGGUUCCUUUGCUGUGGUGGAUCUCUACGGACAGUGUGAACAGGUGACCAUUGUGGCUGAUGACUCGUCAAUGGCUGCAAGUCUACCAGUUGAAGGGAGGGAAAAACAGGACAUGGAGGAUGGUUUGAAAGAAAGCGUAUGUCCGACUCCACCACUCACAGAUAAUGUUAUUAGGAACUGUGAAUAUCAGAAUAGGUGUAUAAGGUUUAAAUCUACUAUUGGAUUGCCAGAUGGUUAUUUUGAAAGUGACCCUAAAAUGAGUAUUUGUUACUGUGAAACGUGCCAUAAAAUACGUGGAGAUGAACCAUAUUAUAAGAAAGGACAGCCUCCGAAAGAUUAUGCGUUGCCGUUUGGCUGGUGUAAAUUUGCACUCAGGGUGAUGCCAAGGGCACAGUUACUGAAUGCCUUCAAAGAAUGGCAUAUAGCGUAUCACGGCACUAAAGUAGGCCAUAUAAGGAAGGUACUGGACAAAGGAGAGUUAGUUUUACCAGACCCUAAAAGCCAUUCUUGGCAAGUUGCACGUGUGGUGUUUCAAAUAUGUGUCAAGCCAGGGAGUUACAAGUGUGGACCCCCUAGUGUAGGAGCGAAUGAACCAAUUGAUCCUCAGUUCAGUAACAAUGAGAUAGAGUGGUAUUCAAAGGAGAAAGGAGCAAUCAUUCUCCAAUCAUUGUUAGUCAAAAUAGACUGA